UAUCAUAUGCCACGUAUCUCCCGCCACUUCAGGUUGCUGCACAGACGCUAAGUGUCACUGACGAUUGUCCAUAAUGCCUUGUCAAUUUUAUCUGUACCUACCUCUGUGAUAUGUCGAAAUCAGAUGAGACCACGUUUGCUCCUGCAUCUCUGUUCCAGAAAUUUAAAGGUUAUUUCGAUGAGAAAUUCCGAGAGACAUUACUAAGCUCCACAGUGAUGACACUUCCUUGACUAGAAAAGCUAAGGAACAAGCUAGAGGCUAAAGAACUAACUAAACACGGCAACAAAGCUCACUUUUACUUUGCGAGAUUAAAUUUCGCAGUAUAACUUCAAAGAACGACGUAGGCCUACACCGAAUCCAUAUUUCGUGAAAUAGCCGAUAUCGAAGUGAAAGAACAAGAUCAGGAUUGCGAACGACAGCAAGGCCCGUUGGAUGACUGUUUCUUACUUGGAGAAGAAAUCGUCAGAUCACCUGACAGCCGAGCAACAGAAGAAGGUCAAAUCUGCGGAGGAAGAAGCCCUCAAAGAGAUAGAAGGCCGCAAAUGCAAGAGACGCGACCUCUCUCAAGAUGGAGUUUUCAAACCUCCGUCUAAUCCUGCUGACCCUCUCAGAUUUACCAUAUGGAAGCCCGUAAAGUGCCCCAACAAGUCGCUGAGACCACCGGCCAGCUAAUUCACAAGAUCCAUCUCCUGACUCCGGAACAAAUGCUGGAAUAUUACGAGAAUUGGGCAGAUUCAUACGAUAAGGAUUUGAAAUCUUCAGACUAUGAGGCGCCUGGCAUAUGCGCAGAAGCUCUUGGUAAAGUGCUAUCAGAUAAGAGCGCCCCCAUCGUCGACUGUGCUGCCGGCACCGGUAUCGUUGGCGAAGAGUUGAGAACAGUUGGUUUCAAGAAUGUCGAUGCCGUGGACUAUUCCCAGCAGAGUUUGGACAUCAGCGCCUCGAAAGGAGUCUACAGACGGCUCAUAUGUAAUAAAUUCGAUGAAAACAAAAUCGAAGAAAUCAAAGACGAUUCUUACAGCGGUCUUAUUUGUGUUGGCGCCCUAGGGAUGAAUCACAUCACACAGUCGGCAUUCCCUGAAUGGAACAGAAUAGUCCAAAAAGGUGGUUUCAUGGUGUUUACUCUGAGCAGAGUGGAAUAUGACGAUGAUGUACCUGACCACAGACUGGUCAUUGGGAAUGGCAUCCAAGAACUUCUCAACAAAGGAACUUGGGAAUUGAUCGAGAAGACGGCUAUACCUUACCACAGUGGAUACCUAGCCGAUAUGUUCACCAUCCGCCUUAAAAACAAAACAGAUCUUUAGGCCUACCCUAUAAAUAAACGGUCUAGUAUAGCCUUUUACAGUUCCGGUUGGGGCAACAAUUAGAAAAAAUGGACAACGGAGAGUCAGAAAGAAGUCCGUCCUAAUCUCUUGUCAGGAAUUCAGUAUUUACAAACUAAAACUUUUAAGAAGUGUUCCUUGUCUAAUAGUAAAGAGAAGUCUUCAGGCUGUAAUAUUAUACACGUGUGGUCUAGCGGUGGAGCACAGGAUUCAUGAUCGUGGGGUUGUGGGUUCGAGCCCCAUCGUGGACAUGCGUGUUGUGCCCUUGAGUAAGGCGCUUUACCUCAAUUACCCCUCUCAACCCAAGUGUUAAAUGGGUAUCGGCAUUAUUCAAUGCUGGGAAACAGACUCGCCGUGGAGGAGGUGUGGCGAUCCUCCCACAGCAGCAUAUGAGUCUGGCCCAAUCGCUAACGACAGAGAGAUGGGCACUCCUUAACACAGGUUCGCCCCUUUACCUUUACCUAGUAUUAUGAUGUCAUGGCAAUUCGCGAUUUGAAGACAACACUUGGCUACAAGUUCACACUUCUUGUACUUUUAGAUGGAAACGGGAAGUUGGUUUUAUGUUAUUCCAACAGGUUUCUGGAAAAUUGAUCGACAGACUGUUCCCUAUCAAAAAACGGCAUAAUUUACGUACCGUGAUGAAAGGAGCAAGUUCAAACAACCAAUAGCAAAUUUACGCAAAACGGGGAUGGACUCUGUCAGUUAAAUUUGGUACAUUAGAAGCAAAGAGAAGAACUUGCCAUACGUCUUACAAUCGCAGAUAGAGCAGCAGAUAGAUUCGAUCAGGUCUAAAUUUAAGCCAUUAUCUUCUGUCUGUAUAGACCAUUAUCAUGUUGCGGCCAUCUUGAUUUUUCCCCAUUCAAAUCAACGUAACCAAAGCGAUGCUUGAAGGAAAAAUAGUCUGUUCCUUUUUGCACAAAAAAACAUUAUCAUUCAUGCAGUACUGUUAUUGGACACAGGGAACAUGACUGAAAUGGUGGCAGCAUGAUAAAGGUCUAGAUUCCUCUAAAAAAAAAAAGGCAUGCGAGAGACAGUAUGCCAUCUCACAGAAACGUAGCAAAUUUGACAGAUUUACCUAGUAUAUAUUUUAAUACCAUAGUCAAUCAAGGACCUUUUUUUAAUGGUUCGGUUUUAAAAACAAAUUAUAUUUUUAUAUGAUUUUAUUUGCCUUCCCAUACUUAAGCCCUUGUAGAUCAUACAAUAGAAUUUAGCUCUUGCAAGUGUGCUUAAAACGACUUGGAUUCGACGCAUGUUUGACAAUUAAGAUUAAAUCAAAUAAUAUAUUUCAUCGAUUGUCUAAUGA